AUGGAUAAUAAUUAUGCCACUAAGAAAAGGAGAAAGGACCUUAUAGAGGAAUUUGUAGCCCUCCAACAUGUUGUUUCAUCCAUUAAUUAUGCAUGUGUUAUGUAUAUAGUGAUUUUACAUGCUGCAUUCAAGAAGAAAGAAAUUAGGUUGCAACUACCUAGAUCACCUCACUCCUAUGGAAAACAAAUUGACCAUUUGAAUAGAUUGGUCAACGAUAGUGACAUAAAUUGUCAUGACCAACUUCGGAUGAAUAGGUGUACUUUCAUGCUUUUAUGUGGGUUAGUGCGAAGUGUUGGAUUAUCUGAUUCAAAAUAUGUUGUCUUAGAGGAGCAAGUAGCAAUGUUUUUGAAUGUGCUUGCACAUCAUACUAAGAACCGCAAAAUUAAAUUAAAUUUCAUGCGGAGUGGUCAAACAGUUAGUAAGCACUUCAAUAAUGUUCUCAAGGAUGUAUUGCGCCUCUAUGGUCUCCUCCUUAAGAAGCCUAAACUAAUAACUGCUAAUUGUACAGAUGAUAGGUGGAGUUGUUUUCAGAAUUGUCUUGGUGCUUUAGAUGGAACUUAUGUUAAGGUUCUUGCCCCUGCAAUAGACAAACCAAGGUAUAGAACGAGAAAGGGAGAAAUUGCCACAAAUGUAUUGGGUGUAUGCUCACAAGACAUGCAAUUCAUAUAUGUCUUACCUGGAUGGGAAGGAUCUGCUUCUGACUCUAGAGUACUUAGAGAUGCUGUCAGUAGACCCAAUGGGUUGAAAGUGCCUACUGGCCAUUACUAUCUCGUAGAUGCGAGUUACACAAAUGGGGAGGGUUUUCUUGCACCAUAUAGAGGACAGCGUUACCAUCUUUCGACAUGGAGAGAAGGGGGUGCCCCAACAACUCCACAAGAGCUUUUUAACAUGAGGCACUCUUCUGCUCGUAAUGUCAUUGAGAGGUGUUUUGGCCUACUUAAAAUGAGAUGGGCAAUAUUGAGGAGCUAUUCUUACUUUCCAAUUAAGACUCAAUUUCGUAUUAUCACUGCAUGUUGCCUUCUCCACAAUCUCAUUCAACGUGAAAUGCCUAUGGAUCUCGUUGAUGAUGAGAAUGAGGAAAUGAAUCCUCCUCCUCCAGCUACUGAAUUAGGAGAUGAAAUCAUUGACGUUGUUGAAGCAUCUGAUCAAUGGAGUGAAUGGAGAACAGCCUUGGCAACCCAAAUGUUUAAUGAAUGGCAAGCAAGUAGAGGUCAAUAA